GGUGUUGGUGUCGAGGGCGAGAUUCAUUUCGAGGUCCGUCGGAGGAGGAUCGAGGAGGAUCGAGGACGAGGCGGGGUCUGCAUCCCACAGAAAAAAUAUAAAUAAAAUCGAUUAGCAGCAGUGAAAUUAUGAACCGCUGCUUCGAGUGGCGAUCCACCGUGCAAUCACGACGUCGCUGCCAGAAAAGACGAUGAUCCCAAUUUCAAGCGAAGUCGGUCGCGUGAGAUUGCCUUUUCCGGCUGCCUGAUUUUUAUUGUUUGCGAAAUUUCGGAGGUUUUGGGCCGUGGGUGGUGGAUUAUUACGUGUCAUGUGCGCGCCUGCACAGGCAUUCGUUCGGCAAUGUCAAUUCCAGUUUUGGGUGGAUUUCGAGGCUGCUUGUUCUUGCAAUUUCACGCAACGAUUGUAGGUUAGGGCUAACUUAGGCUGAUUUGUGGGUGGAGGAGCUCUAUGCUUCAAAGCUCGGUGGAGUAGAGUUGGGGCGACUCCAAUUGAGCCUAGUUGUGGGGAUCUGCCACUGGAAUUGAGUAUUUGCGGAGUGAGGUGAUGGGGUGAGGGGGGAUCCCUGCCGGUGGCCGAGGUUUGAGACUGAGAGUAGUGGACUUUUGGUUGUUUUGAGGCUAUUGCGGGUUUGUGCAUUGGCGGACAGGUAGGAUGCUGUAGAUUUUCCGUGGAGGAUAUUCAGAGAGGGCUGCGGGCAGAGUCUUUCGGUUGCGCAUUCGUAGGCUGGAAACGUGGAUUUCGACAAAGGAGCUUUGGAGCAGCCAUUAGAAAUCGUAGUGAAUUGUGGUGUACAGGAACUCCUUUUGUAUUCUGCAUUUCGAGGGAUGCAUUUUGAGUAGAUCUCACUGUGCUACUGAGACAGCUCUGAUGUUUUUCAGCCAGAGACCCAAAAGAUUGUGAAACAAAUUAUUCAGCAUUUUAACUGUUGCAAACCUCAUCAAGACUACACGUCCGAGCAUACCUGAUCUGCAAUUUCAUGCUGGCAAAAGAACGCCAACGGUGAAUUACAACAGGGAGUUUGAUGAUGUGAAAACGAGGAAAAGCUCCGAGUUGUUUGAAAGCGUAGUUUAGAAGUUAGCUUAACAUUCACGGUUGUCGAGGUAUUGUGAGUUACGUGGCUGGUUGGUCGAUCGCGACCAGGAGUUGUGAAAGGUAAUGAAGGCGCUUGGCUCGUGAUGGCGACUCUUGUUUCUCUGCAGCUUCUGCGCUUUUCUGGCGUGGAGGACUAUCAUGCUAGUCCUUGUUCCGUCUCUGCAUGCCUGAAAACGGCAUUCAGCAGUCGUCUUUUUCAGGGAUCUGGUUUAAGGAUAGCGUCUCGCCCCGGGGUAAUUUCUGUACGAACGUUGAUUGAAACAGCGGGCAGCCUUCUUGGAGGAGGGGCAUUGUGUUGUCCGUUAUGGAGUCAUCUUUCAAUGUCGAACAGCAGCUUGCGUGUGCGAGCUGCGCGUUUGCCAGUUACGGCAUCUCUUAUUCGGCCUAUUCCUACUGAGGACAUCAACCACAUAGCUGUGAUGUUUGUCAAUUAUGGUGCUCAGCUUCUCAAAAGAGCAUUUGAUCCAGUAGUCUUGGGCACAGAGGCGAGCCAAGCAAUCAAACAGCGUUUUGUCAACUUUAUUCGUUCACUUUCAACCGUCUUGGCUUUCGCCUUCUGUACUGCCAGUCUGACACAGCAGGUACAGAGGUUCAUGAUGGAGAAUCAUGAUGCAGAAGAGUCUCGAAAUGUCGGUGUACAAUUCAUUGGCAACACCGUAUACACUUCUGUUUGGGUAGCUGCAGUAUGCUUAUUUAUGGAGUUGUUGGGGUUCUCGACGCAAAAAUGGAUUACCGCCGGAGGAUUCGGAACUGUUCUUAUCACGCUUGCUGGUCGAGAGAUAUUCACCAACUUUCUGUCUAGUAUCAUGAUACAUGCAACUAGACCAUUUGUCGAAAAUGAAUGGAUACAGACGAAGAUCGAAGGUCAAGAGGUGUCUGGUACCGUUGAGCAUGUCGGAUGGUGGUCUCCAACUGUGAUUCGAGGAGAUGAUCGUGAAGCUGUUCACAUUCCAAAUCACAAGUUUAGUGUGAGCGUAGUUCGUAACUUGAGUCAAAAGAGUCACUGGCGUAUCAAAACACAUCUGGGAAUUAGACAUCUUGACGUCGGCAAAAUGACACUCAUUGUGGCCGACAUGCGGAAAGUGCUGGCAAAGCAUCCUCAAGUUGAACAGCACCGACUGCAUCGCCGUGUCUUUUUUGACCAAAUCGAUCCAGAGAACCAAGCUUUGUUGAUCUUGGUGUCAUGCUUCGUAAAGACUUCUCAUAUCGAAGAAUACCUGCGAGUUAAGGAGUUGAUACUCUUGGAUUUGUUAAAAGUUGUGAGUCAUCACAGUGCACGACUAGCAACUCCAAUCCGUUCUGUGCAACGUGUUGUUGAUGAAAAUGAGGCAAAAAGCUCUCCAUUCCGUGACAUGCGGAAUGUCAAUCAAAAUCAACAGCGGUCUUUGCUGCUUUUGAAUCCUCAACCUGCGUCAAGUGACGACGAGGAAGAAUAUAGCUCAGAUACUGUUUCAGGUGACAUAUCACGUCUCGCACAGGUUGUCAGAGCCACUAAAUCAGCGCGAACCAACGUUUUUGAAGAUAGUGAAAGUGAAAUCGAUGAAUCAGUGGAGGAGCAAACCAAUCCAGAAUCUCCCAGCGAUAUCAAGGAAUCGAAGAAAAACGCAGGUACAGCUGAUAGAAAUGUUAGAGUUAGAUCACUGCAGAGACCAGUUAUAGUACAACAGAACGCAAAAGAAUCAAGUCGUGAAGGGAGUCUUCACCAGGUGUCAGUCUUGACAGGAGACGCCGGGCCCAAUGGACAUGCGAUUCUUAGAGACAGAACUCAUGCAGAAACUGAAGCAAAGUUGGUUAGGUCCCAUUUAGACACAAGUUUACCACAGAAGCAGAGUGAAAACGGAAUGACCAAUACAGAACAUCCAGUUGCUGUGACUCCUGUUCUAGCAAGUGAGCUUCUUGUGGAGAUGUCCGAGGAGAAUGUGCCACAUUUGUACUCCAACAACGUUGGUCUUGACUAUGUGAGCGAUGAAGGUGUUGAGACUGCAUCGCUAGGAGGGACUGAUGAUCAAGUGAGUGACGCUGAAACUACGGCUCCCUCUGUGAAGAUUGAUAUCAAUGUUCGCAGUGACCUGACUGAUGAAAUUCUGGGAACUGCGUCCGUAACGAGUACCUAUAACCAUCAGGAGCAAUCACUAAGCCUUAAAGUGAAUAGAACACACGGAGGUGUUCGCGUAGCAAGCACAGAUGGUCCAUUGGGACAGCCACAUAUUUCACAAAUAGAUGAAAACGAAAAUCAAAGUAGCGCAGAUCUUGGUAGAACUCCACCAGAAAGCUCAGAUAACUCGUGGAGGCAGCCAUCAACUACGCAAGUUAAGGCGGGUGCUGCAAGUUCAUCACCCACAAAGAACGACAAUUUGUGGAAACAGCCGUCAGCCACAGAUGCGCAGAUGACCCAGAAGAUAAAACAUGGUCGCCCGACAGUGGAUCCAGAUCUAGUGCCUGGGGUGGCCAUAGAUGGCCCAAAACAUACCCUUUCUUUUGAUGAAGACAUUAUAAUCUUGGAUGAUUCACGAGGACUGGUGGCUUUGGGAAAACAUAACAGUAAUGAACGACGAAAUAGUUCCAGCCAUGGUGCUGUGAAUAGGGAAGGGUCAAGUGACAUACGGGACAGGGAGAGGUAACAAGCAACGAUUUCUCCAUUCUUCUAAUUUGUCCUAUACGAAGACCUCAUUUCAACUAUCGGCGCUUUGUUGCAAGGCCAUACUGAUUUAGCUUGACUUUCUGUCAAAUCCCCUAGUAGAUAUUUAGUUUCUGGAGGCUAGCACUUAAAUAGCACAACAUUGCUAUCACAUCACGUCACAAAAUUGUAUCAUUCUAAAUAUUUAAGCAUGUUAAUUGUUUGGGAGCCACAGGACUUCCGAAUUCAAGCACAUUGAUUACAAUUGCAA